GCCCGCGAGCAAUAAUGCUUAAUGAAUGAAAGUUGACCGCACGGUAUUCUAUGAGUAUAAAACGUUACAUUAUAAUAGCAUAUGUAUAAGAAUGAUCUAUUACAGGGUACAGAGUUAGAUUGCCGGUUGGAAUUUGUUUAUUAUUUUAAUGAUAUUAUUAUUAACCGUGGUUAGUUAUUUUUGAUAAAUAUGGAAACUGAAAAUGUCGAAGAAGAAAUCGAUGGAUCAAUUCACAGUAUUCAUGUUCGAAAUUUUUUCUGCCAUGAUAAUUUAGAAAUUAAAUUUAACCGCAACGUAAACUUUAUCGUUGGACGCAAUGGCAGUGGAAAAAGUGCAUUAUUAACGGCUUUGGUGGUCGGUUUAGGAGCUAGAGCUUCUGUCACAGACAGGGGAAGCAAUCUUCACUCAUUUAUCAAGAAAGGGACAAACUCAGCAACAGUAGAAAUAAAACUCAGGAAUAGUAGCCCAAGAGCUUUUAAACAUGAUAUUUAUGGAGACUUCAUUACAAUUGUGAGAACACUUAAUGCUUCUGGUGGAUCCAGCUAUAAAGUGAAAUCAGCUUCAGGGGAGGUGAUUUCAACAAAGUUUGAUGAAGUAAAAACAGUUAUCUUAGCACAUGACAUUCAAGUGAACAAUCCAAUUUCUGUGUUAAAUCAGGAUACAGCUCGUACAUUUCACACCUGCGAUGCUAAGAAAAAAUAUGAGCUAUUUAGACAAGCUACAAACUUAGAACAGACAGAAAAAAAUUAUAAACAUGCUCUUGAGAACUGUACCAAGGCUGUUGAUAUUUGGAAUAGAAAAAAUGAGGCGGCCCAGGAGCUUAAAAACGAGUAUAACAAGUGGAAAAACAUACAUGAACAAAUGCAGUUCCGGGAUGAGAUUGAAGCUAAGAAAAAGGCUCUUCAAAAUGAGUACUACUGGAGUGAGAUAGCUGAAUUUGAACACGAGGUGAACACUAUACACACACAAUGUGAAAAGCAAAAACUUAAGGUUCAGCGAUUGAUGGACAGACUCAAAAAUAUGGAGCAAAGUUAUGGAACAAAUACCUCUGCUAUUGAUUCAUUAAAAAAAACCCUGGAAGAGUGUACUCAAAAGAAAUUAACUCUUGAACAAGAGUUACAGGAGUUGGAGAAUAAUUUACGGACUGAGCAGAGCUCUCAACGGAGUGCUCAACACACAGGGCAUAAAUUAAAUGAACUGUUAGCUCGUGAAAAGAGAAAGGUCGAUGACCUGGAGCGGGAGAUACACAAUAUAGAAUCCGGCAGUUGUGCCUCCCAACGCUCAGAACUAGAGGCAAGGGCAGAGAAGUGUCAAUCUGCAGAAACGGCGGCCCGAGCGCGUUAUGAGACGCAGCAGAACGAUACUGGGCAGUCAAGAAGCCACGCAGCGCAUGCGCAGCCCAAAGCCGACCGAGCGGAUGAACGUGUAAGGGCGCAGAGGAGUCGACUUGUUCAACUGAAACAACAACUCCGUGAACUAGAAUCUCGUGGGGAUGACUCACUGGCGGUGUACGGGGGGAAUAUGGUGGAGCUGUGUCAACUGGUUAAGGCCGCCGUCGCGAAGGGAGAGUUUAGUGCCCCACCGCGUGGGCCCGUUGGUAUAUAUUUAAAAGUAAAAGAUAAGAAGUGGGGUGGGGCCUUAGAGCAUAUAAUCAAGGGGUCUCUAAGAACGUUUUGCGUCAACACGCCAGAGGAUUCCAGGAAGUUGUUUGAAAUCAUGAGAAAGAUACGUUAUGGAAGGGAAGCGAAGCCGGGUGUAACCUGUAGCAAAUUCCUGAGCCAAGUGCACAAUGUUAGCAGACGUUCCGUGCGCGCGGGCAGCUUUACUUCGGCCUUGGAUGCGUUGGACGUAAAGGAUCCAAUCGUAGCCAAUUAUCUUAUUGACAAUAAAAGUCUGGAGAAAAUAUUGCUGGUGCCUGAUCAUGAGGACGCUAUGCGCCUGUCCGACACCCGCGAGAACGUUCCCGAGAAUUGUAUAAAGAUAGUGACAUUGGAUAGCACGGAAUAUAGGCCGGCGCCUAACUACCGUUGCUAUGGAGGCGCAGACCGACAACCCGUUUAUCUCCAGACAAGCACUGCUCAGAGGAAAGCACAAUUACAAGGGAACAUAAAAGAAGCAGAGCAAACAUUACGUUCCUACGAAGCAGACGCAAAAGAGUUAAACGAAGAAGCGUCGCGGGCGCGAGACAUUGAGCGAAAAGCGGCGCAAGCACUACAAGCGUUACUUGUCGAUUUGAGAAGAAAGGAGGAGGAAGCACGUCAAGCUACUGCAGCGCUUAAUCAGCAACAGGCACCGCACCACGCCGUUUUGGUCGAUGAACUGAAAAUCAGCAAAGAGAAAGUGUGUUCAUUGAGUGAUCAAGUAAAAAGUCAUAAUGGACAAGCACAAGAGUUAAAUGAUCGAGUAAAUGACAUUGAAGAGAAGAUAAGAAAUCUUCGGAAAAAGAGAGACAAAGUAGCCGGUCAGUGUAGGAAUUUCAGGGAAGAAAUCGAGCAAGAACACCUCAAAAUGGAGCAAGGUGUUAUAGAGAGGCAGACAUGCGAACAGAGAUUAAGUGAGGACCAAAGCAAGUUGCAGCAAGUGGAAGUCAUUUUGGCAGAGAAGAAAGAAGUCGCUGAUAAGAAAGUGCAAGAGGCUCUUAAGUUGUGUCCCAGAGUGGAGAAUCCCAGGGAGCGAGCCGAAGUAACAAGCGAGUUAAAGAAGACUCAAAUGAAGCUAAGUUCACUCUCGUCGUCGGGUAUGGAUCGGGCGCAAGUCGCGGAGAAGCUGUUACAGGUGGGACGGAGUUAUAAACGCACGCAAGAUGUGUUGCAGAGGCUGAAUGCGUUGAUACGAGAUAUAAAGACAACUUCCAAUAAACAUUUGGAGUUUUGUCACAAAGUGCAAACAUUCAUUGCUCGCCGAGUGCAGUACCACUUUCAAGUUAUACUCUCAUUACGGAAUUACUCGGGCAAAAUGACCAUAGACUUGGCUACGGGUAGACUAGACAUGGAAUGCAAGAGAGUAGAGGAAAGUGAAAAGGAACACGCGACAUCUACCGCAUCGCUGUCGGGUGGCGAACGAUCAUACGCCACUGUGGCGUUUAUGCUCGCUCUGUGGGAUUGUGUCGAGCUGCCUUUUUAUAUUAUGGACGAGUUUGAUGUUUUUAUGGAUAAUAUAAAUCGCAAAACAACAAUAGAGUUGCUGUUAGAACACGCACGGAUCAACAAGAAUCGUCAGUUUGUAUUCCUAACGCCUCAAGACGCAUCCUCAGUGACGGCUGGACCAAAUGUCACCAUACACGUGAUGGCAAACCCAAGAGACUAGUCUUCGUCCAAGUGGAGUAUGUAUUUUUGAUACAAUUGUAUACCUCUUAGAUAAUAAUUAUGUAUAUAUAUUUUGUAAUGUAUGUUAAAAUUACCUCAAUUUGUAUGACAUGGUUAAAUAUAGAAAAAAAUAAGAUAUUUUUGAAAUUUGAAUAAAAAGCCUUCGUCAUAAACACCAUUUAUUGAAUAGAAUUUGCCAUGGUAGUGGACUGCAUAUUGCAGUAUGCGUCCACUCUGAGAUCACACACGCUCAAAGCGUUAAACGAAGCGGCCAUAACAAUCAAAAUUUAUAUUUUUAUAAUGGUAUUUACUGCGAAUUAUCAAAAUGAUAAUUUACAAGCAGUUUAUCGAAUAUAGAGCCAUAUAAUUCAAAUGUCUGAGAUUAACUUAAAUCCCGCGUUAUGUCCAUGCCGUAACCCGAUUGUAGAACAAGAAUUAUUCAUAAAUAACAACAUCACCGGCGCCUCGUAACUAUUUUAUCAUAAACACUGAACAUACCGUUUAUGCUAUAAAAACUAUGAAAUUCUACACUCGAGCUCUCAAGAUUCUAUAAAAAUAACACCAAAUUAACGUUACAAUUCGUCUAAUUCUCGGGAAAAGACGGUGGCCGAGUCACGCUUUAAUAAUCAAAUAUAAAAUAACUUAACCUAUGUCUGUUAUAUAUUAACAUCUAGUCUUACGAGGCGAACUCGCCUGUGAUAAGCGUAAUUAUUGGACUUAAACUAAUAUGCGAGUUCUAUCGGUGGCGCGUUCGCUAGUCUAAGGUACUCUAUCUUGGUUGGGGCUGAAGUGCUAAGUGUUUUAAAAUGAUGAGGACUGGCUUCAAAAAGAAUUUCUUUCUGAAUUCAUAAUCUAAAUGAAGAAAGCAUUGCAAUGAAAUAAAAUUCAUUUGUAUGCAGUUCCGAGAUUCCUUUAUUCAGAUUAUCAAUUUGAAAGUAAUUCCGACUUUUUAAGGCUAGCCUUUAGAACUUUUCAAA